AUUCAAUGAAAUAGUAAUAUAACGUAAAUAAAGUGUAACUAAUACAGUGAAUAGAACUUGAUGAAAUCACAGACGAAGUCGGAUUUCAGCUGUUUCGAGAACGAGAAGGAAAAGCUCAUAUUCGCCUUCCUUCUCGAAAUAGUGGGGCUCACGUACGCAUGUUUAGAGAUUAGUGUGCGUAAGUGAUGGAGCAGUUUCAUCUGGGCACCGGUCUGGCGUCUGGUAAUACCGAAAACAUUCUACAGUAUUGUCACAGACGAGGUAUAGGAUAGCUAAGUCUUAAUUCCGAAUACUACAAGUGCUAAAUUCGAAUUCCAGUAUGAACUGAUAACAUGGAAAGUGAUACGGCAUGGUAAAGGGUCUCGCGAGCCUCGCCAUCGUCCGUGUGACAAAGAACAACAUUCUAUGUAAUGUCUACUCUAUACCUCGUCUGUGAUAGAAGUGUAAUCUAUACCCGUUGCACCCGUUAAGCAGAAACGUCUUCGCAAUAAAUGGAUGUUACAGUACUAUUCUGCAUUAUCCGUCGACCUAGUCCGACCGGCGCCAACUGAAAUUACUCUAUAUAUCAUACUAACCAGGGGUGACGGUUUCUCAUGACGUCAUCCGUCGGGCCAACAUCUCCCGUUCCAAGGAUGGAAGUUCGACCGGAACGAAGCGUUGUUAGCUAUUCGGCUGCCUGGCUAAACGGUUUUCGAAAUCAUUUUUAGAAAAACGUCGCGAUACGAAAAAUAAAUGAUAUUCCGUGAUUGUUCGUACCGGGGGAAAAAACAUCGGUCGAGGUACACGAAGCAUCCCGUGGAUACGCAACAAGCGUCAAUGCACGAGGCACGCAUCGAUUUCACCGGGAAAACAUGAGUGACGGAAACAACGGGCAGAUCGACGCGAGUCUCGCGGCUAGUAGCGCUCUUCGAAUGCAAUGCGAAUAUUUUGUAGGAACGGAUGUACGUCGGAAAGCAAAGGACAUGGCACACCUGUAGAUACAAAAUGUUGGACUAGUGGAAGUUGAAGAGUAGAAAAUAAUAAGCAAAGAACAAUAGUGCAGAAGAUAGAAAAAGAAUUGGUCUGUACGUAGUGACAACGCCAUACAGGAGCAAAUAAGGAUAAUGAGUCACGCUCAGCAGCAUGUACUUGCAAGCGCAAUAGUUCUCGCUCUGAUAGUGGUCUUUGGCAUCCAUGUCUUCCUGUUUCCCAUGUACACAUCCAACCCACCAGCUCGUCACAUAAAGAUCUCAACGUACGAGCAGGCGCUUUGUCGUACCACCUUAAAGAAUAUCAGAAUACCGCCGGAGUGGAGAAAUCCUUGUCCUAAAUAUGGAAUAGUUUCGGCGGCCCAAGGUGGUAGACUAGGAAAUCAAAUUUGGGAAUAUGUUUCGGUAUGGGCUACUGCUAGAAUGACCGGGUUAGAACCAUUCAUGCCGCGUUGCAUACUAAAAACCCUCGAGGAAUACUUUGAAAAUCUUAGUAUUCCGCCGCUUAGUUACAUCGGACGAUGCAAUUUAAAUAUUAGUCAAGUUGUUAAUUCUCCUGGACAAUGGAACAGUACAGAACAGAACAUCAUCAUACCGAGACACGCGGCUUACUGGUCUUUCAUCCUGAUGUGGUUGGACGAUAUACGAAGAGAAUUUACAUUUAAGCCAAAUUUAAGAACUUAUGCAGAAAGGGUAUUAAAAGAGGUAGCGGAAGAAUUUAACUUACCUGAACCAACGUUUGUAAGCAUUCAUGUACGAAGAACAGACUAUGUAGACUAUUUGUGGCAGAAAUUGAAAAUCAGACCUGCUCCUGUCAGCUACUAUUUUGCGGCAAUGGAUUACUUUGUUGGCAAGUAUAAUAAUGUAGUAUUUAUAGUGACUAGCGAUAAUAUAGCUUGGUGCAAGUAUAAUUUGCAUAGUAAACGAUAUAGAAUCAAAUUUGUGUCCGAUGUAAAUGCUAAAGGUCCUGGCAAAGACCUUGCAGUUUUAUCAGCAUGUAAUCACAGUAUUAUAGAUUAUGGUACAUACGGUUCGUUUGGCGCAAUUUUAGCCGCCGGUGAAACUGUGGUGUACAAUGUAACAACUUAUUUUUCCACCUUAAUUGCUGAAGUUUUGCCAAACUGGAAGAUAAUGAGUUGAAUGAAAAUCAAAAGAGCUCAUUUCAUGAAUCUCAAAUUAGAAAUGACGCGUGUACAAACACUUUGUUAAAAAUACUUUUUAUACGGAUUCAAACGAUCGUUUCGUUCAAUUUUAGAACGUGAAAAUAACAUUCUUUAAUGUUCAUUUGAAAAUUAAAACUGCUCAAGGAUGAAAUUUUUCUAUAACAUUAUUGUAUUGGGCACAAAUGUUUGUUUAUUGCUUAUUAUUUUAGUGAAGAAUAACAGUUUUCUGAAAUACCAUAUUCACCAUUUUAAAUUGUUAAAUAAUCAAUUUUAUUUGUAAUUCUAAUAUACACAUGCAGGGUGUUCAGCCACCCCUGGGAAAAAUUUUAAUGCGAGAUUCUAGAGGCCAAAACAAGACAAAAA